CAAAAUUUUUCAACUAAAAUUAAUUAUUUCCACAUUCAUUUGAAAAAAAGCUAUUUGUUUUUGCAUUUCUUAUAAAAAAAAUCUAUUGAAAAAAAGCCUUAAACUGCAUUCCAACAAUUUUAAUAAAUUCAUGGAGAUGGAUAGAAGAUCAAGGAGUAUUGACUCGCCACGACGACACAGAGUUCGAAGGGACCAUAGACGUUAUAGUAGAUCUCGUUCGAGGUCAAGAAACCGUAGUAGAGAACAUGAGCGCAGACGUAGAUCCAGAUCACCACCUCAAAUGCCACGUUCCCGUAGUCGGGAACGUUUUUUUCGUCGAAGUCCCGAACAAGAUCUUUAUCGGGAACUCAUUUACGAUGAUUAUCAUCAUCAUCAGGACGAAAGCAGAAUGAUGCAUCAUCAUAAUAUGGGUGGUGGAAUGGGUCGUAUUGAACGCAUUGAUGAAAACGAUGCACGUUACAUGGAAGAGAGAUUCAAUCAGGAGAGAUAUGAAGAACAAAGAGAGAAAGAGUUUCGCCAACAUCGAAAUGGUGGUAAUGGUGGAGGUGGUGGUGGUCCUGGUUUUACUGAUGAUAUGGAUAGACACUUUGAAGAAAGACACAAGUCUCGGGAAUAUGACCGAGAUCGAGAGAGAUGUGAUCGAGAAAGACGGGAACAUCGAGGACAUCGCCACACGAAGCGAUACCAUUCAGCGGAAAGAGAUGAUAAUAGCGAUGGUUAUGAUGGCAUGGGUAUGAACCAUGAAUUUGAUUUCCGACAUCAGUCCCCGAACAACACAGUCAUAGUACGUGGACUUGCACAACAUAUUACGGAAGCAGAUAUAAGCAGCGAUUUAAUGCAGUGCGGCUUAUGUGCGAUGUCAAUUCGCCUUAUUCGUAAAAGAAAAACAGUCCUUGAAAAUGACAAAAGUUCAAUUAUUGAAAAUUCAAAUUUUAUUCAAAGUGCAUCUCGAGGUUUUGCUUUCGUCGAGUUUAGUACCGUUGAAGAAGCCGUACGCUGGAUGGAUUUGAAGCAGGGUGUUUUGAUGCUGCAGGAUCAUCAUCGAGCCGUCAUGCAUUACAGUUACUCGAAGGAGCCGCUUAAUAAAGAUAAACCAAUAUCAGACUGGUAUUGUGCAAAGUGCGGUGUUUUCAAUUUCAAAAGACGUGACAAGUGCUUCAAAUGUUGUGCAUCCCGUGAAGAAAGCGAAAAGGGUGGCGAGGGCAGCGAUGAAGUUAGCAACAUUCUAACUAAAAAAAUUAUGCUACGUAAUUUGGAUGUGCUUACCAACGAGGAAGGAGUUCUCACCAAAAUGCAAGAAGUUGUUCCCACGCUGGUCUCAAAGAUCUCUAAAAUACUUGUUUGCCGUGAUCCCCUAACGCAGACAUCUCGUGGCAUUUGCUAUCUUAAUUUUGAUAAUUUGGUAGACUCAAUGAAUACACAUAAUGCACUCAAUUCACUCGAACCACCUCUACAAAUCGAUAGCCGGGAGGUUUUGAUAUCAUAUUGCGUGGACUCGGAAAAUCGUCAAAUAUCUCGAGGUCCAAGCAAUAACGUCAAAGUAACUCAGGAUGCCAUAGCGACUGUGGCCAAUGCCAACCCGAAUACUUAUCAAUAUACGGUUGCCGAUGUGCCUCGAUUGGCCGAAUACAGUGCCUCGUUGUAUGCCUCGACGCCAGCUGAACAAGAACACUACCUUAAAUAUUACACGCAGUAUUACAUGACGGAAAUAUCAAAGGGACAGUUCGGCAACCUUCCCUCGGUUAAUCAACUGGGAGAGUCUGCGAAUUCGGGUGCCGCUGUGGCAUUGUCGGCCAUUCAGAGAAAACAGAGUAAGAUGAAGAGUAUUGAAACGACGGCAACACAGGCAGCUGCAGCAGCGGCAGCCGCAGCAGCUGCAACCAAAGCUGCCAUAGCAGCUGCAACUGUUGUUCCACCAAGAGGCAACGACGAUAAACAAUAUCCUACUCCUGAUGUAUCCUUGUAUCAGUAUGACGAGACUUCAGGAUAUUACUAUGAUCCCUCGACUGGCCUUUAUUACGAUGCCCAUUCCCAAUACUACUACAACAACGAAACCGGCGCAUACCUCUACUGGGAUCAGGGAAAAAGCACAUAUGUGUUGGCAACAGCAGCAGCUGCUCAAGCUGCAGUUCAAAACACAUUAAAAGAAACUGUCCCAACUGCACCGAAGCCUCCGGAAUUCGAUGAUCACAAAAAAGAAAGUAAACGGGAUAAGCCGGACAAAGUAAAGGUGGCAAAGAAAAUUGUUAAAGACAUGGAGAAGUGGGCUAAGCAACUGAACCAAAAGAAAGAUAUGGUUUAUGUGGCAACGCCGCAACCAAUUUUACCUCAGAAAACAGAGGAACCAACAGUUAAACCACUCGCUAGUGGUUACGCAGAUGUAGGUUUCUCUAUUUUGGAAAAGAAGGACCGACCUAAACUUACAGAAUAUGCUAGUCCAAGUAUGAGUAAACUGGUGCCCUCAUAUGCGUCUGAUUCAGAUGAUCACGAUGAUCAUUCGCAUCACAAUCAACAGCAGCAACAAGGGCAACCACAAAUGGAAAGUGAAAAGGAUUAUGUUGAUUUCCAGAAGCUCACUUGUUUACUGUGCAAGAGAGCCUUCCAGUCCCUUGAUAUUUUAACCAAGCAUUUAAAAAUGUCGAACUUACAUAAAGAAAAUCUUCAGAAGUACAAUAUGUCAAGGGGCAUAACGGAUUCAGAUGAACAGAAUGCGCUAUCCUACCGCGAUCGAGCUAAAGAAAGACGUUUGAAAUACGGCGAAAGUGACCCACCUCCGCCGAAUCGCAGUAAAGAACGUUUCGAGAAUGAACUAAAACAUAUGACCAAAUCUAAUAAGCCCCGACAGCAACAACAACCCGCCUUACCGAUUGGUGAAAAUAAUGUUGGUAAUCGCCUGCUACAGAAAAUGGGAUGGUCGGAGGGUCAGGGACUUGGUCGAAAAAAUCAAGGACGUACGAAUAUUAUCGAGGCUGAUGCACGAUCAUCAACAGCUGGAUUAGGGACAAAAUCAGGAGCAUUUGCACCUGGCGAUGAUUACAAAUCAUAUAUUAAACGAAUGAUGAAGUCACGAUAUGAAUCUGCUGAAAUUAAGUAAAAAUUUAUUAUGGAAUACCUUCAAAUUGUUUAUUUUAAAUGCUAUAUUGUUAUGGUGAUUCAGUUUUUUAAUCAUUUAAAUAUAUAAAACUUAUUGUAAAUUCGUUAAAUUUAAUAUUUAGUUUAACUGAUUUUCUAAUAAAUUCAUUGAAUA